AUGCUUGCAGAGUUGUAUAAAUGCCGAAGAGAGAAUCUUGUUGUCUUGGCAUUUGACUGCAUGUCACAAACAUGUUCUGUGAGUUCUCAGGGGAAGCUUCAUAUGAAGCCGACAUUUGGCAACAAGUGGUCACCCUUUGGUCCUUUGAUGUUGGAUCGACCAUUUUCGGGUCUGGAGGGUCGAGGUUUUGGGGGGAGUAUGAGGCGAUUCGCCAUCUCUAUCGGUUUGAUGGCACUGUCGAUGGUUUCCUUUGUUGUGCCUGAUGAUAACGCCGACUUUGAUAAGAGCAAAAGCUAA